AAACUACAGAGCCAACAAUAACAAGGAUAACAAAAAGAGUUGCAUGGUCGGUGACUUUUUGCAGUGGUUAUGUGAAAUGACAAAAUUAUCGAAGUUUCCCUUUUAGAUGUGCUUACAUCUUCCAUUUUGAGAAUACCGUUACUGUUGCCCGUUGUGCAAUGCUGUUACGUAUUUUGAUAUGUGAUUUACCCUUUCCAAUGGUUUGAAAUCAGAUGUGAAAAUGGCUCUUGACGCUAGCAGCGAACUUUACAUAUUGCCGUUCAAGCCUCCAAAUGAGAGCAGAUUCCACAAUUUGUGCAAGAAUGGGAGCGUCGUGGGAUCUAGCAGCGAUGUUUCCAACGACCUGCUGGAAAUUCGAAUAACCGAGAUACCUCAAGACCUUGACGGCGAAACGAUGCUGCAUAGCAGAGACAUCACUGGAACUUCCAACGACUUUGGGGCAGUCAUGAAGCACCAAGAAAUAGACUUUGAAAGCUUGAAUCAGAUCUUAUGCAAAGAUGUUGUUUUUAUGUCAUCAAACUCAGAUGACUCAAAACUUAUCACUGGAUCUGAUGUUACCAUGUUCAGUGAGGUUAAAACUCUUAGUUCCGUUCCAGUCAUCAUGUUUUCGAAGGACGAUUCUGACCAUGAUAUUGUUUCACAUUCUGAACUGUUGCCAGAGGACACUUGUCACUUUAGUACAGAUAAAGAUGACGAUUACAUUGUUUUUAAAGAUGACACUGAUGUUCUUGGUGCAGUUGAAGUUUUGGGGGUUGACACUAUGGAGAGCAUCAAUGAGGUUUGGAUUCCCGAUCAAGAGCAACUGCCUGAAGUUGGGUUAGAUAUGUGUGAAUCUAUCGGACCUCAGCCCAGCGGCACUCAUUUGGUCCCUGUCAAACUAGAAAACAAUGUAGUUUUCAUUGAUGCAGCUCCUUCCAAUAAUGUAACUAAACCUGAAACACGCGCCCAAGUGUCACGUACUAGAAGAAAAUCCAUAGAAACGUCAUCCCAAGAUAGACCAAGUGUCAUCUCAAUUGCAUUUCCAAAUGCUGAAAAACUAAAUUUAAAUCUUCGACAAACAUCUGCAAGAACCAAACGCAAUUCUCAUCCUGAUUCAAUCCUUAAUCAAGUUACUGCUCAAGUUCAGAUGCCCAGCAGCAAGUCUCCUGGAAACCAAGCACCUGUACAGCCCACUCCUUCAGCUCACUCUCGUAGUGUCUUGAAAACGUCGCUAGCUAAGAAAGGAGCUAAAUAUUCUGCAGUAAAACCUAAAGGAUCAGGCAGGCAAGUUUUAAAAGAAGACCAUUUUAUUUCCUUAAUAAAUCAAAGCUCUAAGCAAAUAAACCAAAAUGUGCAUCUUAUGAAGAAACCAGGAUCCAAAGUUGUCAAGGGCAAUUUGUCUAAAUCCCAAUCUUUGGCAGUAGUGGCCAUAUCCUCUGAUAAAUCUAAAGACCUCACAGAAAUUGUUGUGAGUACUGCCAAAGGAGAUCAAAUAUUCAAAGGAAAGACUAGUGAGCUGAUAAACGCCACCCCAAAUCUUUGGUGUACCAGUUCAGGGAAAAAAUGUGAAGAAACAGGUGACCACAAUUCCUUAGAAGAGGAGGAGCUUUUGGAAUAUCAACCAGUGACUGAUGCCUUACAGAAACUUGGAGUCCCUACAUUAAGCUGGGUACAGAAUAAACCGGAAGAUCAAAAGCUGUGGUACUGUCCUGAAAAAAGCUGCAAGAAACUUUUUCCUGUAUUAAACCAACUGAAGGUUCAUAUACUGGGUCAUUAUGGCGUUCGUCCCUAUAAGUGUGAUUUCCCCAACUGUCAAUGGGCAUUUUACACCCACUUCAAGCUGAAAAGGCACAAAGAGACUCAUUUGCAAAGGAAGGAUUUCAAGUGCUCUGUGCCAGAAUGCGGCCGUUCAUUCACUACAAUAUAUAAUCUGAAGACUCAUCAGAAACUCCACAAGAGGCCUGCAGAAAUAAUGUGUCCAGUGAAAGACUGCAAUGAAUUCUUUCAAACUCGGCGUAGCUUAGAAUUUCAUCUGAAAGAACAUGGCUCAGAUCAUGCACCUUAUGUGUGUCCUUAUGCGUCAUGCCAGAAGAGGUAUUACACUGUGAAUUCAGUCAACUCUCACAUCAGAAGCCACCAGCAUAAAGAUGAUGAAAUUAGAUGCCAAUGGUCUGGCUGUACGAAGGUUUUUACCAAACCAUGCAGAUUAAGGGCCCAUAUGCGCACACACACAGGAGAUAAACCAUACUUGUGCACACAUCCAGGCUGUACAUGGGCUUUUACUAGCUCAAGUAAACUGCGACGGCAUCAAUUCAAACAUACAAACGUGCGCAAUUUCCAAUGUCCUAUUGAAGGAUGUGGGAAAAUGUUCAUGCGCUCAGAGCACCUUAAGGAACAUGCUUUAACACAUUCAUCCGAACGUACUUUUCAGUGUCCUCAUCCAAAUUGUAAUAUGAAAUUUUCAGCAAAAAGCAGUUUGUAUGUUCAUUCUAAAAAGCACCGAGCCAAAGUUCAUGCUGUUCCCAACGACACACUCACUGAAGCAAUUACCUCCAUACCUGUGAAAGUUAUUCAAAGUACUGGAAAGAUCUGCACUGAAAGCAGUGUUAGCAGCGUGCCAGAAAUGAACAUGGAGGACCAUGUUGUCAUUCAAAGCUUGCCCUGUGAAAACACUGUCCAACCAGAUAUUCCUGAAGGGACACAAACCUUGGACCUGAUUCCUUUGCUGUCAGAAGAUGAGGCUCUUGUUGCUGAACUAGUUGGUAUGGAACCUGUUACAUUUGAACACAAUGCCUCUGCAUCUCUAAGGUCUGAAGAUACCAGUAAUAUAUCACCUGAAGUCAUGGAGAAUUCUUCAAUUGUUUUAAAUACUUUACCAGGCUAUGUAGAUGAUCCAGGUACUCCAAACCACAUGUCCCAAGUCUUGAUCUGUACCCAGGAGCCAGAGGAAAAUUUGAGUGAUGCUGUGGAACAAGAUGAGGAAAUAAGUCACGUUUUACAUCCUGAGUCAGCCCGUAGCUCAAUCACAAUCCACAGUUGGACGAAGUUCAAGAAGGUGCGUCAAAGUCAGUCAAUCAGAACUCCAAGGCAGCCUAAGCGGCCACCACAGCAAACAAGGAAGCCUUCGUUGAGGCUCCAUGCUGUUGAGAUUGAUAAAUCGCCACUCUCAGGAACCAAACAAGACGGACUCUCCAACGGGCGGGCCCCUUUGGAUGUUGUACUCAGUGCUGGUUACUUAGGAUCUGGUCAAGAUAGUAUAGCUCACCUCUUAUUGCCUGAUGAUUUAGCGACUACAAGUGACUUGUACAGCUCGGAGGAUGGAAUUUUAAGUAUGGAUUCAAGCUUUGCACCAUCAACCAUAAAUCUCAGAGAUUUGGAGUGAAACUGUUAGUGCUCUGUCGGAAGCCAAACUCAAAUUUUUUGUGUCUUUCUUCUUUUGUCUGUAUUUGAAAUAACAUUUUUCAGGCUUCUCUUGCUGUGCUUUGUCAAGAUUGAAGCUCACUUUUGAUGCUGUGAUAUUAAGGAAGUUACGUACUUUAAGAUGAGUUAUCCUUGUAACCUGUGGUGCUAUCACCUUCUGAUUCUGAAUGAUCUGCGUGUUGCUCUUGUAGCAGCUGCAUCUUUGUUUCAUUCCUAACUUUACGCCACUGUUUCCUGUACUAUUCUGACCAAAGAUUAUGAGUAGGCAUGUAUUCAUAAAUGCUUUGAAAUGAUGCUGCUUUUGUUUUGUAGUUUUGUUAUCAUGUUUCUCAACUAUUUAUCGUGAUUUAUGGUUUAUAGAUUGUUUAUCUAGUCAUUGUUUAAGCAAUGUAUAUGAGUUCUGGGAGGAUCUGUAAUUAAUUAAUUUCUUUAAAUGUUUUAAUGUUUUGUAAAAUGCCACAUGUUCAAAUAUUUUAAUAUUU